AUGAAAUUAUUAUUAACAUUUCUAAUUUGUAUAUUUCUUCAAUACGUACAAUCAGACAAAGCAUUGAAAAGAUUGCAAUGUAAAGAUUUUGGAUCUGACCAUACAAAUUGUCAAAGAUUUUAUCGAUGUUUCUAUAAUUUACGAGUUUUGUUUACAUGUGGCUCCGGAACAGCUUAUGACUCAGAAUUGAGAGUAUGUGUAUCGAAAGAUCAAGUAGAAAAUUGUAAAUCAAAAACAAAAAUCGGUAAUUCAAAUUUAAUCGCCCCUAUCUUUAAUGAAACUGAUGAGUAUCCAACAAUUGAAGCUGAUGUUGACACAUUGGAAGAAUCGAAAUUCAAAACUAUCCGAUUAUUACCGAAAAACGCAACAAAAAGUUUAGUUACGCCAAAACAAUUUAGAUGUUCAUCCUUUUGCAGAAAUGGAGCAUCUUGUAUACUUGUCGAACAAGCCAUCCAAUGUCAAUGUACAGCUCUCUGGUCCGGUACUCGAUGUACAAUUGCACACGGUUCAAUCACUUCUAAUCUUUUUAAUAAUUUUUGUACCGUAAAUCCCUGUUUGAACGGAGGGAUUUGUCUAUUGAGCGGUUUGGGAUUUCUGUGUCAAUGUCCCACAACCUAUGUUGGAAAUCGAUGUGAAGGUACGGCAACUGUCAAACCGAACGUUUGUCAGCCAAAUCCAUGUCAGAACAGAGGUGUCUGUUAUGUUGAAUCAAACACAUUUGCCUGUAAUUGUCCAAGUGGAUUUACCGGACGUUGUUGCGAAACAAAUCUCGCGUUAACCAAUCCAUGUUACAAUAAUCCAUGUCAAAAUGGAGGAAUAUGCGAAAAUGGUGGAAGUUGUAUUCAAACUUCAACGGGUUAUAUUUGUCAAUGUUCAUAUCCUUACACAGGCAGUAAUUGUCAGACAUUGAUCACUACAACACCUACUCCAAUACAAAUUGUUUGCAUCGUAGCACCAUGUCCUCAACCCACAGUGACUGUUGUUAAUCCCUGUCAGCCAAAUCCAUGUCAAAAUAAUGGUGGUUGUGCGGUAACUGCUGGCAUUGCUCGAUGUUAUUGUUUAGCAGCGUAUACCGGCUAUUAUUGUCAAUUUGCUCGUAAACGUACAAUCAGUACAUCAGCUUGUUCAAAUAUAACUUGUUUGAAUGGUGGUGAGUGUUAUAUAAGUGACAAUGGUGCAAAGUGUACGUGUCCAAAAGAAUACUAUGGUGAUCAAUGUCAAAACAAUAAUCGUCCAAGAACCUGCCAACCAAAUCCGUGUGUAAAUGGAAAUUGUGUUGCAACAAAAGAUGGAUACAAAUGUGUAUGCAAACCUGGCUCUACAGGAAUUUUGUGUGAACAAAUACAAAGAUCAAAUGAUUAUCGUUGGUGUCCAUUGGAUUGUCAAAAUGGUGGUACAUGUGUUUAUCAAGGAACAAUAGCCAAGUGUCGUUGUCCAGCGGGAAAGACUGGACGUGUUUGCGAAUAUUGUAUGUAA